AUGCCAUUAGAUACUGAAUCAUCAUCAUGGAUACCAACGUUACAAUGCCCGGAGUUCCAAGUCAAAUACCAAGUUAAGGCUGUUUUAGAAUAUCAGCAACAGAACGACUAUACCAAAAAGAGAAAGAAAACAGAGACCUUGACAUCAUUUGCGCAACCAGUCAUCAUUGUACAGCUACCGACCCAAGGUAAUCUGUUCAGUAGUGACAAUAUGCUUGCCAGUAUAGAUUCCCGGAAACAUACUAAUCGUUGGUGUCAAUACCGAGUGAUCAUUGAUAAACGUUUUGCCGCGAUGACAUCCACCCUCAAUUUGUCUAUCCGUCUUGCCCCAAUGAUUCGAGGAUUGAAACUUGGUUUGGUAUCCAUGCAUAUUGUUCAGCGUUUCACCAUCAAAAAUAAUACAUCAUCCCAAUCGUUUUCGCGCACCAUUCCAUUGUCAUGUCAUUAUCAGUCUACCCCAUUUCCAUCAUCCAUGCAUGCUGGUGGUACACUCUAUGAAGGUGAAUUCCAAUACAAAAUACCAGAUACCACAUCAUCAUCAUCAUCAGGAGGAUGUCUUGUUCCAUCCAUUGAAACUAGUCCAAUCGCCAACAUCAAAGUCGAACAUCUUUUGUUGGUACAUCUAGCAUUAACAUUUCCAUGUCUUUCGCAUGAUGGUAUUGUACGUCGUGCAAAACGUGUGGUGACCUUUCAAUGUGAUUUUGAUCUAUUGCAUCCAUGUAUGGCUGAGUCUAUGUCCGAUGAUUUCAUGUGUCUGCCUGCCUAUGAUCAUCCACGCUCGAUAAUAAAAUAG